AUGUCGUCCUACAGCAAUAGCAGCUCCUCGCCACCGCGAGUGCCUCCACAUAUUAGACUGAAUUCAGGGCAAGAAGACAUACUCGGUAGUGACACAAACAGUUCUUCGAGAACUCUGGUGCCCACAUCCUCUCGACCUGAUACCUCCAGAUCACACCUGAACACCGUUUAUGCCGCUGAACGCGUUCAAGAUUCGGCUGAGAGACUAUUACCCCCGAGUCAAGGCCGGCCCAACCGAGUUAGAGAUGAUGGAUCACCAUUGAGAUCUCCUGCUCGUUCCAGCUACUCUUCCCGAAGGUCAAGUUGGGAAUCUGAUCGUAGCAGGGACAGCAGAGCCUUCGAAAACCCCUUUAGGGACUCAAGUCAGUCAAGACCUGGUUCAAGAGCCGGCAGUGAAGACAAUGAUGUCAACACCCAAACCGUGUCGGAAAAGUACAACAUCUUACCCUCAGCUGGUCUUCUCCUAUUUCCUGAAGAUGUCGAAAAGGACGACUAUUUACACAAUCCCGAUCCCAACGGGGAGCCGCGCGACUGUGACAUUUUUUCCAAAAGAGGCUUGGUUAAUGUCGGUGGCCUCGCUUUUAUCGUGAUAGGAAUAUUGGUCCUGUUUAUAGGAUAUCCCCUAUUGACUUUUGUACAAUCAUACACAUCUACGCCCGACCCUUGCAAAGAUAAUCCUGCUUGCAUCAACACCGGCAAAGUUGCCUUACUGAAAAACAUGCGAAGCGGUCUGAUUGACCCUGACACACCCGAUUCAGUCAAAACCAAAAAAGAUUUCCACGGCAACACCUGGAACCUGGUCUUUUCAGAUGAAUUCUCAAUCCCUGGACGAACAUUUUAUGAGGGGGAUGACCCAUAUUGGACUGCUGUGGAUAUCUGGUAUGGUGUGACGAAAGAUUUAGAAUGGUACGAUCCGGAUGCCGCCACGACGAAUGAUGGGGUGCUAGAACUGCGAUUUGAUGCUUUCCAAAAUCACGGCUUGAACUACCGGUCGGGCAUGUUACAAUCAUGGAACCAAAUGUGCUUCAAGGGUGGCAGAUUAGAGGCGAGCAUUUCACUUCCUGGGCGCGGCGACACUGUUGGCUUUUGGCCAGGUUUCUGGUCUAUGGGUAAUCUUGGGAGACCUGGUUACGCAGCCACCACCGAUGGUCUAUGGCCCUAUUCCUACGACGAUGUUUGUGACGCUGGCAUCACCCCCAACCAGAGUUCUCCAGAUGGUAUCAAUUAUCUGCCAGGUAUGCGCCUACCGGCUUGCACUUGUUCUGGAGAGGACCAUCCGUCUCCUGGAAAAUCUCGGACAGCUCCCGAAAUCGACGCACUCGAAGCCAGCGUGGGUACUCUUGAUGAACUGGGUAACGAAAUUGGUCAGGUCUCGCAGUCGUUCCAGGUGGCUCCCUUCGACAUUUGGUAUCAACCUGAUUACAACUUUGUCGAAGUCUUUGAUUUUUCAGUCACCUCGAUGAACACCUACAAAGGUGGUCCCUUCCAGCAGGCCUUGUCCGGUUUGUCAAACUUGAACAAUCAGUGGUAUGAUGGAAACGCCUACCAAGUAUAUGCUUUUGAAUAUAAACCGGGCGCCGACGGAGACAUCACCUGGUUUGUCGGCUCCGAUCCUGUUUGGCGACUUCAAGGACAAGCAUUGGGCCCCAACGGCAACGUCGCCCAGAGAGUCAUCCCUGAAGAGCCCAUGUCUGUGAUUGUCAACUUUGGCAUGUCUACUGGUUUCUCCGCACUCAACUUGACCGGACUGGCUCCGUUAAUGCCAGCUACCAUGAGAAUCGAUUAUAUUCGCAUCUACCAAGAUGACGACGGCGAAAUGACGUGCGAUCCGGAGGGAUAUCCAACCACGGAAUACAUCAAUAAUCAUUACGAAGUCUAUCAUAAUCCAAAUAUCACCACCUGGCCGGAUACCGGCUACUCAUGGCCAAAGAACAAAUUUAUGGAUGGCUGUUAA